AUGGAGCUAUUUAAAAUAUCAGCUAUUGAAAAAGUUUCAGUCAAAGCAAAGUCAAAUAAUCAAGAAAUUAAGAUAUGUUUUGUCGAUAUAGUUGCAGAUGUAGAGAGCAAGCAGAGGAUCGAUAGAAAUAAUAUUAAAGUUGGGGAUUACUUACACGUAACUUUUUUAGCAGACGGAGAAAUUGACCUUGGAGUUUAUAUUCCUAGAGAGCGUGUCAAAGAAAAUCAUGCUGACCCUUCAGAAGAAUCCAAUAGCCAAAGACGGUCUAAAACAGAGCCACCAAUCCCUAGCUCGCCAACACCCCAGCUGGGACCAAUUGGCUUGAAGAGACAGGAACUAAAACAUCUUCUUUUGCCAGAAAAUGUGCUAAAAGCCUUAGGAACUAAAUAUUUCUCCUAUAGAUACUCCAGGUUGGACAUAAACAGCUUUUAUCGAGCUGCUGGGAUUGCAGUAAUGGAAUACAUUGCUAACAGCAUUGCGACAAGGGAAUUUAAGGAAAAAAUUUAUAAUUCCAUGUUAGAUGCAAGAAUAAUCCUGAAAAACUAUUGGGAGGAUGACAACGAUACCUGACUAGCAAUGAUGGGCUGGUUUAUUGAUUACGAUAAUAGCAUCACAACCGCUGAUAAACUGCAAUUUCUGGAGCAGCAGGUUUAUAUAAGCACAGCUUAUACUUAUGAGUCAGGGUUGAUACUAAUGAUAAAAUUUUUGGAGUCUUUGUGGGUAUGCAAAAAUGGCUUAAAUGAUGAAAAUAAAUGGUAUUUUGAUAGCCAAUCACCUGAGCAAUUUAUUAAUGCAACUAUUGGUGUGGGGUCCCAGCCUGGAGAAAAUGAUAUUUUAUUCUUUUCUUUUAGUAUUGAUGCUGAAAUAAAUAUAAUUAGAGUUGAUCCAAGUUUUAAAGUCAUCAAAAAUACCUAUAAUGAAGGCAAAGAAAAUGUCUUAAAUUUCAUAGAGAUCAACGAAACUUUUUACCCGAUUUUUUCAUAUGAGCAACUUUACUAUGAAUCAAAUCCUAUUGAAAAAGCUGUAUUAGAGCCAUAUAGAAGUCUAAACGGUGGAAAGUGGCCGAUCGAAAUUAUCAGAGAAAAAGCCAAAUCAAAAGAAAAUAGUGACCAAAGCAAAUUCGAAGCCUUAAAAGCAACACUUGACUUAUUUUUAAAAGAAGAAGAAAUAAGCCAUUUCUCAUGGCAGACUUUAGGAAAAAUAAAAGAAUCAAUAAGCAGCUUAGGCAUAUUUAGUGAUUCUGAUACAGAGCUUCUUGAUAAAAUAAUAGAAGAUAAACAAUGCCAAUACUGCUGUGUCCUUAAAGAUGUAAUUACCUUAAAAUGCAAUAAUAAAGUUUGCCAAGAAGAUUUAUAUAAUUCUAUAGUCCAAGAUACCGGCAACCUUAUAGUGAUAAAUAACUGGGAAAAAGAAAACCAAAAUGAGCUCAUAGCGAAAUGCCCGGUUUGCAAAGAGCCUUUAGAUGAACAGACAAUUGAGCUAGCUGUCGGAUCAGAGCUUUAUCAAGCCAAAAAACAGGAAUCUCUCGAAAGAGAAAGAAUACAAGUUCCUAUAAAAAUCCAAUGCAAGUGCUGCCUUGUAGAAAAAGAAGAAGGCAAUUUUUAUAAAUACGACGUGGCGGACUGCGCCCAUGUUUGCUUAGAAUGCAUGCUAGAAAACAUCAGAAGAAACCAAUUAGAAUGCCCAGAAUGCCAUAUACAAUACUCUGAGCCUUUUCUUGCAACUAUCAAAUUGUGGGGGAUGAGAUGCUGUUUCUGCAAAGAGGGAAAAAAUAUAUUAAAAGGAUAUAGUGGGAAACUUUGUGAAGCUCAUAAUAUUACUUGUCUGUCCUGCUUGAAUCUAUUCCGAGAGUGGAAAUAUUGUAUGGCAUGCGGAGCACAAUUUGAUGAAGAUAAAUUGAAAGAAUUAAACAAGCUGCUUGAAAAAGAAUGCACCAAGUGUGGAAAAAAUUACUCUCGAUUAGAAGAACUAGAAAGUAAAGACUGUCUUUGCAAUAUCUGCAAAAGUUGUCAAUGUGAGUCCAUUGAUUCUUGCAUUAUAUGCAGAAAAGAAUUCGAGGAUGGGAUUAAAAAUAUAUUGAGGAAGGCUAAAGAUGAUAAAAAUGAAGAAGAAAGAUUGAGAAAAUUAAGAAUUAGGCAAUGCGUAAUUUGUCAAGAAACUCGCUAUAUAACUGAUAUGAGAGGGUUAGAUUGCAACCAUUAUUUCUGUGAAGCAUGUCUAGCUGAUAUGCUGAAAUAUUAUAUAGAAAAUAGAAUGCUUGAGAAAGCGACUUGUUGUCCUCAUGAUGACUGCGGGAUUCAAAUAAAUCCUCAUACUCUUCAAAGUCUUUUAUCCCCAGAGCUCUGAAACAAGCUGAACGUAUUUUUAAUUUCCCAACAAUUUAAUUUGGUAAAUUGUCCGAACUGCAAAACUCAAUUCGAAGCGCCUCUGUCAAGAAAGGCAAUCUGCCUAGAAUGCAAAUGUGAGUUCUGCAAAGCCUGUGGCGAUCUCUGACACGAGCAACCCAAUUGUGAAGAAACUCAGAUCCAAAGGAGAAUAAAAGAAAUGGAAGAUGCUGGAGAAGUCGUGAGUCAAUGCCCAGGAUGUAAGCAGCCGUAUAUAAAAGAUGAUCAUUGUGAGCAUGUAGUGUGCAUGAAUCCAAAGUGCAAGACUUCUUUCUGCUUUACUUGUUCCUGUCUGAGAUCACCGACCAUAGAGCAUGGAAAUCAUUAUCAUAGGCCUGACUGCAAAUGGUUUUUCCCUCUUCCUGAGGUAGAAAAAGCAAAUGAGAAAUACUUACCAGAUAAAUGUGAUGAGUGCAAAAGAUUGGGAGAAUUGUGCAAGCCGCCGAUGCAGCUGGCUGUGCAAAGAAAAUUUGCUCCUGGAGAGAUUUAA